AUGGAGCCUCAAUCCUUGAUAAUGCAAGCCUCCUCUGAUGACUCGAUGCCUCUUGAAAACGACCACUGGCAAUCCAUAUUCGCCCAAUGUACAGCCCAUGAUGACCUAGUUCAUCCGUCUGUGGAGUCCGGUGAUGGUCUGUUCGCACAUGCAUCAAUAGACGCCCUAGAUCUCAAUUUGGAUGUCGAUAUUGACCCCGGUAUAUACUUUGAUAACCUUGAAGCGGCUCAUUCCACAUCUUUUGGCGCUGUCCCCGACCUCUGCUCUGUUCCUACGACUCGUGUGGACUCCAAUGGAUUUGAUCAUGAUGAACCGACGCUGGGUUGCUCCACGCUUCCCGACCUCUCCACCCCACUAUUGGCUAUCCCAGAUUCAAUCCUCACCCCAUUCCAAACACCACCACCACCCUCAACUGCGGCGGCUUCUUGUAUCGCGCAACAUCGCACCCCUUGCAUAAUAACUGCGACACAAUCCCUUCGCUCACUGCAUAUCCCCCAGACCAGUUGUGUCUCCCGCCGAAGCGGCGACAGCUCUGAUAGCAGGGAGCCCGGGCCACCACGCACGUCUGGCUCGGUUCUUAAAGCAAAUAAAGAUGCAGGCAUGUCAGUCUGCCGCAUGCUACAGUGCGUCUGUGCACUCCGCCCACAGAACCAGCUGAUCCUAGCAAUUAUUUGUUCCCGACUAAUUGCGUGGUACCGCGCAAUGAUCCGCGCGUGCUUUGUGAAUGGCCCCAGCAGUUCCUCUGGAAACAACGUAAAGAGUGGUCCCAGCCAGGGCCCUGCCUCGUUGGAGAAUGUGGUUCAACAACCUGUCACGAUCGGAGACCACUCGGUUGACGACCAGGCGCUGGGUUUGGCUAUUCAGGCGCAAGUCACGCUACGGGAGUUAGGACAUAUGCAGAGACUGAUCGAGACUCUAUCGGCCCGCAUGCGGGAGACCGCUAACUCAUACUCAAAAAGGAUGCAGGGCCUUGGAGCCGAAGCCGGGCUCCCAGGCAUCAUGCAUGACCGGCUAGUGGCGCACCUGUUGAAAGAGGUUCAUGCAGUCAAGGCUUAUCUGAUGACAGCUUGGGUAACACCAUGA